CUCGGUGUCAACAAUAUCUCUGGUAUUGAAGAGGUUAACAUGUUUACAAAUCAAGGAACAGUCAUCCACUUUAACAAUCCCAAAGUGCAGGCCUCCCUCGCAGCCAACACCUUCACCAUCACUGGCCACGCUGAGACCAAGCAGCUGACCGAGAUGCUUCCUGGUAUCCUGAACCAGCUGGGAGCCGACAGCCUGACGAGCCUCAGGAGACUCGCUGAGGCUCUGCCCAAACAGGGUUAGUAACCUGUUAGACUCGCU